GGCCAGGAUGGACAGGAUAAGUAGAGAGGAACAGGACAUCUUUCUGAAGCACAAACUUGAACCCGCGAUUCACCGUCUCCUGCAACUGUGGCCAUGGCUUACGCAGCUCUACCUACAAUGAGUGUCUUCCUCUGCGCAUUGGCAUUCAUACUGUACAGCAGUCCAGCAGAUGCAGAUUCAGCUCUGGACUGUUGCCUGACGGUUAGCUAUAAAGAAAUCCCCAAACCCAUCAUCCAGAGUUACAAAAAGCAGGUCAGAGGUGAAGGCUGCCCCCGCGAUGCUGUUGUUUUCAAAACCAGGAAAGGUUUGUCCCUUUGUGCCCCACCUGCCAGUGAAGCCAAGUGGGUUAAAGAGCUCACCAAGUUUGUAGACAUCAGACUCAGAAAGUGCCAAGAGAUUAAGUUUAAGGGGAAACGCUGUGAAGGCCUGAACAGCACUGUUUGAGUAAACACACACAUUUGCUCACAAAUCCAUAGAAAUGCGGCAGCUGGUGUUGGGAUUGUGACAUAGGUCAGCACUUGUUAUGAUUUUCUGUUGUGUAAUGCAGUGUUUCCCAACCUUUUUUGUGCUACGGCACAGUUUUGAUGAGUAAAAAAAUUAUACGGGACACCCCUAUUACAAUAAACAGUAAAAAAACUGCACAAAACACACUAGUGUGCCGUGGCACAGUGGUUGGGAAAGACAGGUGUAAUGCAUUGUUUUGUCUUAACUUAACAAUUUUGGCUUAAUCCUGGAACUUGAUGUGGUUAUUGCUUUGUGACAUUAUUCAUUUAUAGACACUUGGGAUAAAAGCCUCUUUUACUAAAUGUAAAUUUAAAACAGAAAUUGCUGCACUAUAUUUUCUGUAUUGUAUGAUUUGAUUAUUUACAAUAACAUGACUUUUUUUUACUUUUAUACAAAUCAUUUUUUGUUGUAUUUUUUUUAACAAGAAUUAAAAGGUCUUUGUUCAGCAA